UGUUACUGUUAGUAUGCAGUGUCAAAUAUGCCCGGUCACCGCAAGAAAACCAGAAGGCAUUUAGUGCUCACUCUCGGCAAGAAGGGAAGGAGGGAUCGAAAACGGAAGAGACCAGGUCAUGGCUCUCAAGAAAGUGGUGUGUCACCAACAAAGCGAGCAAAUGUCAGCAGCACCAGGUCAGAAGAGGAGCGUGACGCUGCAAGUGGUGAAAGGGCAGAGGCUGCAAGUCUGCUGUCUGACCCAGCAGGCCUAGGGUCGGAAGAGGAGAGUGAAGCUGCUAGUGAUGACAGGUCCCAGGCUACAAGUAUCGAAGAGGAGACUGAAACUGCAAGUGGUGACAGGGCUGAGGCUAGUACUGUAUAACAUACAAACCCUGUGGUAUAAACAUACAGUAAAGACAACACAAGUGGCCAGUUUAUAAGAAAAUAGAUUUUAUUGCAUGGAGAGUGUUUAUAAAGACAGAACCACGGUGCACAAUACCAAUGGACCACCUAAGUACAAGCCCUAUCAGAACAAGUUCAUCCAUGUCUUUUACCAGAAAAAUUGUCCCCAGGUUUUCAUCAGCAGAGCUUGUACAAUUUGAGAGUUUCUUGGAAUUUGUUGACUUUUGUCCUAGAUGCCAUGGAUUUGCAAGCAUCAGGGCCACAUAGCCUGUUCCACGGUAACUAGACGCUAUGUGGUUGACAUAACAAUAUAUGUGCAACAAGAUGAAGCAAAUCCUACAGGCUGGCAAAAAUCAACAUUUUUUUCCAACCAUCUCCCUGAAGCCUUAAGUUAAGAGUUUGAUAAUGUCUCAAUCAUGGGGUGUUCUGUGAUAACAGGAAAAGAGUCCACUUUCCUUUUUCACACUGUACACCCUGCUUCCAGAAUUUCAACCAUUAAAGAGACAAUUUCUGAACAAAACGGUUGUAUCUAAGGCUGUUUUCCCCACAAGCAAAAACACUUGAAAGCCUUAAGGUACUAGAUAUGUUAUUUCUUCACAAAAUAAAUCUAGCUCAGCAAGUUUUUUUAGAAGGAAGGGGCUGGAAUGUUUUUAAAAAACUUUUGAUACGUCUACCCAAUGCGAUGCGUCAAUUUACACGCCUACACUGUCGCUAAACCCUUUCGUAGUAUCAGACUAUGACUUUCCCGCGAGAAAGUCAUUCUGAAUAGUAUUUUUCUUUAUGAUUUAGGAAAGCAUGUCCUAGGAUACCAGCAAAAUAAACAUUAACAUACCA